AACCAUGUGACCAAUGGCGAGUAGACGACAAAAAAAACUGCUUUACAUAAAACACCAACCGGUAAUGCAGUCGAGGAUGUGGUCUGGUGGUCUCUGGAUUAUUUCGUGUAUUUCAGUUGCACGGGGAAACUUUGGCGUCUUAUAAAGAUGUUAGCGUUUUCAUUGGACUAAACAAUUUGUUGCAGUUUCAUUUUGGACAAGGUGAGGCGGAAGUGACGGUUCAUGCGUGAGGGAACCAACCUGCUCGAUGUUUCCCGUUUUGCUUCGAUCACCUGAAAGCAGCCUGAUCGAGGCUGUACAGGGGAGGCAGUAAAUCCACACAGUGAACACUGAACCUGAUGAAAUGGACCCGAGCUGACGCCCCAAAGCCUCAGUCUGCCCACGCUCGGCCCUGCUGGUCACAGGUAGAGAUGGCAGCGUGUUCGGAUGUGCUCGCCCUGCCUGGAGUUGUGGCUGGGAGUGUUUUACUGCUGGUACUGAGCAGUAAUCCUGUGUGGGGAAAUUAUACUGUCGCUAAAAAUGGCUUCCAUUCUAAUAACACUGGUGGACCCAACAUUGCAGCUAUUGUGGCCCCUACAGUAAUCCUGGGCGUUCUCGCCAUAGUCUUGGCUGUUCUCGCUUGGCUCCUCUGUGUGGUGAAAAAGAAGAGACAGACUGAAGGGACAUAUAGACCCAGUGCGGAGGAACAGUCUGGUGCGCGCAGCGUGGCUGCACCAGAUGCUCUAAAGUUACCAAAGGAGGAAAGACUCAUUUGAGAUUUUGUCCUGCGAGGACACAUGCUGCAGAUGUUUGCAUGGCAGCAUUCCUGUGUGACAAGGCUCUGGUGUCUCUCUCUCUUUUGAGUUGAUCAACAAAAGAAAAAUCUCCCCAGGUUUCUCAUCAAAAACCAACUGGUCCCUGGAUGUACGGAUCUAUGGAUUUUAAAAAACAACUGAACAUUUCAAGGAGUUUUUGAACAUUUCCUCUGCACAAUGAAACUAGAACAGCAGUAUUUUAUGACUACUAAUGAUUUCUGUUUACAAAUACUUUUCUUUCAGUUGCCUUCGUGUAUCAUUUAACAUGUCCCUGCAUUUCAGUCUAUUUUAAAUCACUGUCACUGGUAAAAUUGAUACUCUUAUACCUCAAACCUUUGCCUCUGAAAGGCCAGAAGAGUUCAUUGCAUUUAACAUUGAGACAGAUGUUUGACAGAUGACAUAUCACAGUGCAAAAAACUCUUGAUUUUAGAUAGACUGUUGUAUCUUUAAAAUUAACUUAUACUUAAAAAGUCUAUAAAGCAAAAACAAGCAAUUUUUUUUUUUACACCUAAAGUAUUCCUUAAGUUAAUCCAUCUCAUUUAAAGAAAUUCAUUUCAUGUUAACAUUGUUGCAUAAUGCAUCAUAAUCAAGCAGAUGUGUUUUACAAUGUCACAUGCCUAUUUAUGCUUUUAUCAAAUAAAUAACAAAGUUUUGAUAAAAAGUAGGUGAACAAUUAAACUGUACAAAGAACUGAA